AUGCCCAUUCCUGUCCUUGUAUCGCUGGCUUUAGCGCUCUCUUUUUUCUUAAUCCGGAACUUCACAUAUAAGGACACGGCCCUCAAUCCAAAGAAACCCUUCGAGCUUACGUCUACCAGAGUAAAGCAGGAAUUCUUUUUCAAUGCUCAGAGGCUAUUACGGGAUUGGUUUUUAAAUCAUCCCAAUACGCCAGUACCUUUGCAGACCGAUGUUGGGAAAUUGACAAUGCUCCCCCCCGACUUCUCCCGAUGGUCUAUGAAGGCAUUCCAUGGAAAGCUACCUGGAUUCGACGGAUUCCGUGAAAAUGACCUGACGAAAUACUUGAAUAAGGUUACCGAACCCCUUGCCGAUGAAACUUCCGUGGCCGUCCGUGAGCUGUUAACCGAUAACAAAGAAUGGCAUACGAUCCACUUGAGUGGUGUGAUAGUGACUCUCAUUUCCCGCAUCUCCUCUCGUGUGCUUCUUGGGGAGAAGCUGUGCCGAAAUGAAGAAUGCCUGCGAAUCACUCAAAGCUAUACCAUAGAUGGCUUCCUAGCAAUGACAGAACUUCGCAUGUGGCCUGCAGCUUUUUACCCCAUCGUACACUGGUUCUUGCCCCGAUGUCGCAAGCUCAGGUCUCAGGUGAGUAAAGCUCGGAAAGUCAUGCAGUCAAUACUGGAGGAGAGGCGUCAAUUAAAGGAAGACAUUGAUGCAGAGGGUAAACAGUCAUCAAUAUUUGAUGAUGCUAUUGAAUGGUUCGAAAACGCCGCGAAGGGUCGGCCUUAUGAUCCUGUCGGCGCGCAGCUGAUCCUUUCUGUCGGGGCCAUCCACACCACUUCGGACCUGACAUGUCAGAAAAUAACCCAUCUCGUACAAAGUACGGAGAUUCUGGAAUCUUUACGCAAGGAAAUUGCCGAUACUCUCCAGCAAUACGGCUGGAAAAAGACCGCUCUGUGCAACAUGAAACUGUUGGAUAGAGUUGUCCGAGAGAGCCAGAGACUGAAAACAGUCACCAAUGUCUCAAUGCGCCGGAUGGCGCUUAAGGAAGCACACAAGUUGUGGGAUGAUGACACCUACGAAAAUGCAGUAUCCUGGGACGGAUACCGCACAACUUGUUACAACCGCCCGGAGAACUUGGCUUUUGGACAUGGCAAACAUGCAUGUCCUGGACGCUUCUUUGCUGCCAAUGAAGUGAAGAUUGUAUUAAUCUUUCUCCUCCUGCGGUAUGACUGGACGCUGUUGGAAGGGACGGUGCCAAGGAUCUUCUCUGGUGGGUUUGGCAUGGCACUUGACCCGACUCUGAAAAUAGAGGUUAGAAGGCGUCGUGAGGGCAUGGACAUAUGAAGCACGGAGCCGGUAUUAAUCACAGAGGGGCUCACAAUGUUCUACCCCGAUGUACCAGUC